CUACGGGGCUGCGCGCGUGCACGCGACCGCGCUCCCGCUCAUCCAUCCAAACGCGCGGAAUGAGCAGAAUGCUCUUUGAGAAGGUUGAGCUUUCGCUAAUGCUUGAAAUUCCGUUUCCGUCCAGAGAGGGGAACAGCCUCUGGCUGACGUGCCGAGAGACAAACUUUAGUGUACUUUUUUUUACCCUUGCAUUUAUUUUUCAUUUGAAACGCCGCUAUAAAGAAGGAGGGGGAAAAAACACAUUUGAUAGAAAAAUGGCAUCUUCACCCCAGAAAUCCCCGUCCACCCCAAAGUCUCCUACCCCUAAAUCACCACCUUCCAGAAAGAAGGAUGACUCCUUUCUUGGUAAACUUGGAGGAACCCUGGCAAGAAGGAAAAGGGCAAAAGAAGUGUCUGAACUGCAGGAAGAAGGAAUCAAUGCCAUUAAUCUACCUCUUAGUCCAAUUCCCUUUGAACUCGAUCCUGAAGAUACUAUGUUAGAGGAAAAUGAAGUCAGGACUAUGGUUGACCCAAACUCAAAAAAUGACCCCAAGCUUCAAGAACUGAUGAAGGUGUUAAUAGACUGGAUCAAUGAUGUGCUAGUUGGUGAGAGAAUCAUUGUCAAGGAUCUGGCUGAGGAUCUAUAUGAUGGACAAGUGCUCCAGAAGCUAUUUGAAAAGUUGGAGGGAGAGAGACUGAAUGUGGCUGAAGUAACUCAAUCGGAGAUUGCACAGAAACAAAAGCUUCAGACUGUUUUAGAGAAAAUCAACGACACACUCAAGGUGUCCACCAGGAGCAUCAAAUGGAAUGUGGACUCUGUUCAUGCCAAAAGCCUGGUGGCUAUUCUCCACUUGCUGAUAGCUCUAUCUCAGCACUUCAGAGCCCCAAUCCGGCUUCCUGAUCAUGUGUCAAUCCAGGUGGUGGUUGUUCAGAAACGUGAGGGAAUUCUUCAGUCUCGCCAGAUCCAGGAGGAAAUCACUGGUAACACAGAGGCCUUUUCUGGACGACAUGAAAGAGAUGCAUUUGACACUUUGUUUGAUCAUGCACCGGACAAGCUUAAUGUCGUGAAAAAGACUCUGAUUACAUUUGUUAACAAGCAUUUGAACAAACUUAAUCUAGAAGUAACUGAGCUGGACACUCAGUUUGCUGAUGGUGUCUACCUGGUCCUACUCAUGGGUCUGCUGGAGGGUUAUUUUGUUCCACUGUAUAACUUCUUUCUCACUCCAGAGAACUUUGAACAGAAGGUACACAAUGUUUCCUUCUCCUUUGAAUUGAUGCAGGAUGGUGGAUUAGAAAGACCAAAACCCAGGCCAGAAGAUAUUGUGAAUUGUGACCUGAAGUCAACAUUAAGAGUCCUCUACAACCUCUUCACAAAAUACAGAAAUGUGGAGUAAACAGGAGGUCAGAGGAAAUGGAUUCCAAAGCAGCCUGUUUAUAUAUUGGUAUUUUUUUAAAAAAGGAAAUUAUAUGGACUUAAUGAAAGAUUUUUUUUUUGUUGUGCUACAGUGGCACAUUCAAUAAGCCCACUAACAAAACAUUUUAACUAUUAUAAUUAAUGUGCAUUUAUGAUAAGGGGAACCAAUGUGGCCAUAAGAAAAUUAAAAAUCUGAGAAGUUUUCAGAUGUAUGCUAAGCAGAAUUGCCCCUCAAGCUAAAGGGAUUUGAACAGAAUGAGUAAUGAUUGUGUUCCUUCUGCAAUUUAUUCCUUUUCCAUUUUAGCCACUGCUUUUACUCUAUCAUUUGUCAGUAAUGUUUAAGGAAUAAAUGAGGGAUAAACAAUUCAUAUCACAUCCUCAUUUGUAAUAAUUGUCACUCUUGGCACCUAGUUGCAUAUACCUCUUAGUUGCUUGAAGAUAACUGUGAAGGAUUUAUUUGCCAGUUAUUAAGUCGAAGCAGUAGAAUGUUUGGGGACAUAACUCUGUGAGAGUGCCAUUGGCUGAAGGAGGCAUUCUUGCUGAAACUGGCAGAAUCCCCCAGAGACAGGGCAAGGGUACAGCUGCUCUAGGACUAAUGGAAGCCAUUAUAAGGGGAAUGAACUUUUCAGGUACUCAUUUUCAUAAUUUCUAGAAUUGAAACUUAUUUACAUAGCAUUAUGUUAACACACUUUUAGUUAGAACAUUGAAUAAAAUGUAUUUGGAUGAGAUCAUUUGAAACAGUGAAAUGUGUUUGUGAGAAUACAUUUGCCAUAUUCCUUUUGAAUUUAAAUACAUGUUGCCUAAUGUUUUUGUAGACUCCCACCAGGCCACUUAUGCUAGUUUCAUCAGCAUAUGCAUUAGUCUCAUGCCAGUCCUUGGUGAAGCACAAAAUAUGUUAUUUAUAUUUAUAUUUGUGGAAAUUUUGUCUACCAAUUGUUUAAUCAUCUUGUUAUUAGCACAAUUACAUAAAUUAAUCUUAAACAUAAAAAAUGUAAAAUUAUAGCCUCCUGGUUAAAAUAAGCAUAUUGAAAUAAUAGCUGAUCGUUACUCAGAGUUUCUUCAGUUUUGGAGAAAACAUCAAAAUGGACCAAAACAAAAAAUGAUACAAAAAGCUUAAAUAUCUUCUCAGCAGUAACAAGAGCUUUUUAGCUUGUAAAAUUAUAGAAAGGACAAAUAUGUUUUGUUGUUAGAAAUUAACAGAGUGUUCAGUUUGUUUAUAAAGGCUGUGUUUCUUGACUGAAAGAGCAUCAAUUUCAUUAUUCCCAGUUUUUAUUUAGGAGAAUUUUAUUAGAAACCUAAUUUAGCAAUAUUGGACAACAAUUUUUAAGGUUUUCUUAUGGCUUAGGUUGGAAAAAUAAAUUAUAACCAGUAUAAAACACUACAAGAAAGUCAAAUAGAGAACAUAACAUUCUUAAAUAAGCUUGUCACUCCGGCCUCCUCAGAUGACACAGAGGUUGGCCAGCAACUCCGCUGCAAAGCAUUUUCCUCAGCUUAGUCUGUGUGUCAGGUGUAUCGGCAAGGAACGUGUUCUAAAACAUACUUCUUCACUCUUAUGUUAUCAUUUUUCUAUUAUUAUACUGCAAAGCCUGAUUGUCACAGUCACUGUCAGCCUAGUACGGACUGUGUGGUUUCACAGAGUAUGUAGGCACAUGGCUGGAAUUCUGUCUGUGUUUACACCUUCAUAACAUUCAGCACAAUUCUUCCCAUCGUGCUUAAUCAAAGUUUAUGUUUCUCUCAAAGAUAAAAUGUAAUAACAAAAAAAAAUCAGUGUUAAUUCAUAUCUUGACAUUUUGUUCUUGUGAACAGGGAAGUUGCAAUUUAAAGAUGCCCCAUUUUUUACAGAAGGUGGAAAACUCCACUCUGUAAUGUCUAGGUUUUUGUGUGUUUAGGUCAGCAUAAUAUUUAAAAUCAAUAGUCAUAUGGAUGGAAUGACAAUCUAUUAGUGCCUGUAUUGUGCAGAUCACUUGAAUAAACAGAACCUGCUACCAUAAAGAAUUGUUAUGACUUUACAGCCUCAGCCCAUUUGCAGGUCAAUCUGUGGUGACAAUGUGUUCUACAAAGCAGAUGGAAGGAAUCUUUGUGGUACUGAACAAGUGUGUCAUUAUGCUCCCAUUGUUGGGUGCUGCAUCAUUGCAGCUGUGGGUAUGUGGAAAAAGCAGUUCAAAAAUCAUAAGAAAAGAUUUGUUCUUACAUUACAGCUACCUGUUCCUUUAUGUCAACGUGCAUUUGAAAAAUGACAUUGAUGAACUACUAAAUUGCCAAGAAAAUAAUACUUGCCAUGAGCUUUGUCUGUAUAAUAAAGUUCUCUAUGAUUAGAAAAUAAGUAAAGUUGCUAUGUACAGUGGGAUGGGGGACUCGGUCACAUUAAUGCAAUGAAGCUGUUAGACAAAAUGUGAAUUUCCACUUUGUGUCUGAAUGUUGAAGAGUAAAUGACCACGAGUUCGUGAAACAGUAAUUGAGCACACACAGAACUAACCCAGAUGUUCAUUACAAAAACACAUUUGUAGGUAACCAUGUGCGUUUAUUUAAAUUCUAAAAAUGUUUUACUGUUUUUUUUUUUUUACAUUUCAAAUUACAAAUAACAUUUUUAUGUUGGGAGCAGAUAUGAAAAGCUACAGAUGACUUAUCCAUAUACAAUUUAUGCAUUUCACUUGUAUUUAAUAAUUUUUUAAAUUGUAUUCUCAGGCUUUAUUGCAUGAAAUUAUUUCUUGUGAGUCUUUAACAAAUGUCACCAUUCUGAGGAACAUUUCAUGAUGCCUGAUAUUUUUUUUAUGUUUUAGUGAUAAGUAAAACAUUUAUUAAAUACAUAUGCAGUGUAAUGUGCCAUGCCAUAAUAAAAUGAACGCUCUUAAACUUAAAA